GAAGCAGACGAAAUAGAUUCUCUUGCACAAUCACGAUGGAAAUCAUGUAAUGUCAGCCUCCAGCUGUUGUUGUGCAUGCAAAAAUCCACAAGUGAUAACAGUUAUUACACAUGUAACACAACAUAACCACUUGCUUAGAAUCUCGAUUUAGAAUCUCGACCUGCGAAGACAAUGGCUGAAGCAGAUGUAGAAUCACAAAAGGCUGCGAUGUCAACCAAUCCAGACGAAACAAACCUCAGCAGCCAGGAUGAAACAAAGAAAAAGGUCGCAACCUUUCACCUCUACGACCCUGACAUAUCGACCUCGCUCCUGAAGGGAAUCAUGCUGUCAUCGUGCCAGCUCAAUACAGAAAUUGACGAGGUUGUUGAAGAGUCAAACGACGGUCCAGUCAAAAGACCAGAAACUGAAGUUUAUGCCAUCGCAACUAAGAAGACAUGUUUACUGUGCAGUUGUAACUUCACCUCAAGACAACAACAGAUAGACCACUACAAACUGGACUGGCACCGGUUCAACUUGAAGCAAAGGAUGAUUGGAGCUCCUGCUGUAACCGAAGAACAAUUCGAAAAUAUUUCUGGUGAUGUGUCCAGUAUUUCUGGGAGUGAUUCCUCUACAGAUGAUGACAGCGAUAAUGACAGUGAUCGCUCCCCAUACUUUAACUCUGGUUCCCGCACCCCUGACUCACCAAAUCUCUCAGCAAAGAGACGGGAGCCAGACCAUCAUGUCAAAGGUCGUAGGCAUCCCAAAGUGUUCUUCAGGAAUAGCGAUGGACAGCUUUUGUCAGUCCAGCGAUGCGUAUUGCAUGGAAAAAGGGACAUGCCAACCACUCAGCAAGAACUUGUUGCUAUGGCAACUCAGCUUCCAAUAAGGAUGAGAUGGCUUGUUCUCAUGAUUGGUGGCGGCCAUUUUGCUGGUGCCAUUUUUGAUGGGAAGGAGGUUCCUGCCCACAAAACCUUCCACCGCUACACGGUCCGAGCCAAGCGCGGCACUGCGCAGGGUAUGCGAGAUUCGCAACAGGGCGGGAACCAACCGAAGUCUGCAGGAGCCUCCUUGAGACGUUAUAAUGAAGCUGCCCUGGUAGAAGACAUCCACGCCCUCCUUGCGUGCUGGGACGACCAGAUCCGAGACUGUCAUCGCAUCUUCCUGAGGGCGCCCAGCUACAACAAGAAUGCGUUCUUUGGCGGGAAGAACCCUCCACUUGAUCGGCGUGACGAGAGAAUCGUGACCAUACCUUUCGCAACGAGGCGGCCGACGUUCAAAGAGAUCCAACGUGUUCAUGGGUUACUGUCGACUGUGGAUUGUUAUGGAAAUGCAGUUGAGGCAGAGAGGCGCAUAAUGGAAGCCCACUCGCCAAAGAUUAGCCAACCAAAGAAAACUACAAAGAUGAAACAGGAUGAAAAUACACAGAAAACUACAGAAGAAGUGGAAAAUAGCAAAGGGAAAAGAUCUGAGAGCGAAGGUGAAGUUGAUUUAGUGAUGGUUGAAGAAGAGAUAUCGACACUAGAUCUCCAGGAGUUUGAGACGAAUGUCGGGAAACACAAACGACCCAAGAAAAAGAGGAAACCGAGGAAGAAACAAGAAAACAAAGAUGACCAAGACAAAUCCAACAACAAAAUGGACGCCCUGUGCGAAGCCUGCAGGAAGGGAGAUUGGGACCAGCUAAAAGCUAUGCUGACAAGACCUGCAAAUGAAGAGGGUACCAACAAUGCUGCUCCAACAAUGGAGGGAAAGACGGAUGUUGAGGAAACGAGUCAAAUUUUGGAAACGAAAGAUUGCGAUUUACCACGAACAGAGCAAAACAUUCAACAUAAGGGCAUUGAAAAUAGUAUUACCGAGAACGAAACUGCACUCAAACAUGCGGCGGAAGAACAUGGAAACAAGGUUCACGCUUUCGGGAAGGAGGACUCCAAUACAGAAGAUUUAGCUUUGGAAUCUGAUGACAAAAGUUUAGCAAAUGAGAUACAACAAGGGAAACACUGUCAAAAUUCUGAGGUGAAGGACUGUCCAUUGUUGCCAGGCAAUGAGGAGGGCAUGCUGGGUAAUCAGCAAGGCAUGAUGGGUAACGGAGGGGAUCUGGCAGAUGUGGUGAACCGUCCUGUUGAUGAGUUGGGUAACACUCUGUUGCACGUAGCGGUCCAGGCAGAAAGGGCGACGAUUUUGUGGAAUUUGAUGGAAUGUGGAGCAGAUCCUGCCAUAAAAAACAGGAAGGGCCAAGUCCCGUACGUCCUGUGCAACAACAAGGAGUUGAGGAAAGAGUUCCGAAGGUUCAUGGCUGCACAUCCAGGAAAAUAUAACUACGAGCAAGCACAGAUCCCGAGUCCUUUGACGUCCGACAAGGAAGAAAUGCGAGCAGCUAAAGCAGCGGAGAAGAAGAGAAUUCAGAAGAAAAACAAGAGGAUCAGAGAACAGGAGCAAAAGGAAGAGCAGAAGAGACAAGAAGAGGAGCGGAGGAAGCGAGAGGCAGAGGAAGAGGAGAAACGAAAGUUUGCAUCGCUAAGCGACCGAGAGAAGAGAGCCCUAGCAGCAGAGCGACGAUUCCAGGCACAGCUGGCAGUUCAGGGCGCUACGGCAACAGAAACAACCCAACUAAGCAAUACCAAGCGUUGUUGGUUGUGUGGGACCAGUCUAGUUGGCAAGGUGCCCUUUGAGUACUUGGACUACAAGUUCUGCACCAUCCAGUGUGUUAAACAACACAAACAGCAACAGAAGACAUCAACUACGUGAUGGCAAAAGAAACAUCAAAUACAUGA